AUGAAAAAGGAGUUUGGUGUAAAUGGAUCUGAUAAUAAAAAUCAAAUGGGCAUACCAAUUAGAUCUCUUGAUUUGUAAUUAAUAAUUUAGAUGAUCUUAUCAUAAGUGGAAGUGCAGAUUAAACAAUUACAUUUUAGAGUAGAUAAAAUGAGUGGUAAGGCACAUAAACUAUUAAAAAUCAUGUAAAGGGUCUACAUAGCUUAAGUUUAAAUGAUUAAAAUAAUUAAUUAAUUUCUCUAGGAGGUGAUAAGAGAAUUUUAAUUAUAAAAAAAGAAAAUAAGAAUUGGAUUAUAAAUCAAACAAUUUUUAUAGAAUUAAAUGGAUACACUUUAUGUCAUAUUAAUGAUGAUACUUUUAGUUACUAACCUUGUUAUCAUUAAACAAUGCAUAUCUAUUAAAAAGUUCAAAAUAACUCUGUAAAAACGAAAGAAAUUUCAGUUAAGGGAGGAAAAAACUGUUCUAUCUUAUUUCCAUAGAAAUUAAUUAAGGAUUAAUCCUUUUUAUUAAAUAAAAAUGGAUUACAUAUAAAUUUUAUAAGAAUUACUCCUAAUUCUUAAUUUAUUACAGAAUAUUCAAUUGAUUUUUAAGACUAUUUUAUCUAUGGGACAUUAAGUAAUGAUGGUAAGUUUUUAAUUACAACCAGAAGAGAUAUAAAUUAGAUAAUUUGUUGAAUGA